CAGUCGAGGGUCGACACCGACAGUUUGUCAGUCGAUUUGCAAUAAUUUGAUCGUUCUGUCUCUAUCGGUGAUACAAACUAUUCGCUCUUAAAGAACCUUCAACAAUAGAAUUCUACAUAAUCUUAUCCAAUAUCGUCAUUUUGUGAUAACUUAUCAUAAGUUAUGACGCGAUGAUAUUCACAUGUACAGUGUCGCAAGUUCUCUGCUUUGGACGUGAAUAAUUUUGCAGUAGGCGAGUGUAAUGAGUUCGCGUUAACUUUUACUACAAAGUAACUUAAAUUUACAGUUAUUUACUAGUGAUACUUUUCGUGAUGUCGUUGUUUAAGAAGAAGGCGCCAAAGUAUUCCGCGCCACCGGUACCUCCUUCCCCCGUGGAAGACUUACAGAACCAUCAAUCUAACUGUGUGGACAAUAACAACGGUGCUCAAAAGUCACAAUUAGUAUUCCAUUGUCAGCAGGCUCAGGGAAGCCCCCUUGGACUUAUUUCUGGAUUUUCAAAUGUUAAAGAGCUUUAUCAGAAAAUAGCAGAAUGUUACGACUUUGCUCCGGAAGAUAUUUUAUUCUGCACUCUAAACACACACAAAGUGGAUAUGAAGAAAUUACUCGGUGGCCAAAUAGGAUUAGAAGAUUUCAUAUUCGCACAUAGAAAAGGUCGGCCGAAGGAAAUAGAAAUAGUUAAAACUGAAGACGCGCUCGGUUUAACGAUUACUGACAACGGAGCAGGAUAUGCCUUCAUAAAGCGAAUAAAGGAAGGAUCUAUCGUUGCGAGAAUUCCUCAUAUAGAGGUUGGUGAUCACAUUGAACGACUAAAUGAGGAGAACAUGGUCGGUAAAAGACAUUAUGAAGUGGCGAAACUCCUGAAAGAUAUACCUAAGGGUACUACAUUUACUAUAAGACUUGUGGAACCAUUGAAAAGUGGUUUUGGGAGCAUUGGUCCUAAAAGUGGCAGUGCUAGGUCCAGUAAAAAACAAAAUUAUGGAUCAGGCAAAGAAACGCUAAGGUUUAAAGCAAAUGGCCAAGCCACGAUAGAAAAUGAGCACGACGAGAAAUCACAAGCAGGCAUAGAUAAAAUAAACUCUCUCCUUGAAUCUUUUAUGGGAAUUAAUGACACAGAAUUAGCAACUCAAAUGUGGGAUCUUGCUGAUAAGAAAAUUAAUUCAAUGCAGCUUGCCGAAGCUAUUGACAAUAGUGAUCUACAGGAAUUUGGGUUUACAGAUGAAUUUAUAAUAGAACUAUGGGGCGUCAUCACUGACAUUAGAUCUGGAAGGCUCUAAAAGACUUUAAAAAAACGUGUAGGAAUUGAGGAGUUGGCUACCAUCAUACUAUUAAAAACUUCAAAGAUUUUGUAUUAGCAAUAAUUAAAUAAGAUAUUUAUAACAAAUAAAUAGUAUUGUAUAUUAUUUACAUUGUUAAGUAGAUUAUAUGCUUCUAGUGUUAUUCGUUUAUAUUUUCUGUUACGGUAACUGUUUUGCAGCAACCAAUGUCUAAUUGUAACAAUUUCGUUCAGAUCGUUACUGUUUAUUCUUUUUGAGCAUCACUCAACUACGUCACAUAUUUGGUAAUUUAAUUCGCUAAUAUUAAACUAUGCUAAUGAACCAAAAUCACCAUCCGCUAUUUAAGUUGAUUAUCAUCUAUCCGCGUUAAAUUACUUCACACAAAAUAUUACCUGUCAAGGUAAACUGUAAAAUAUUUUAUAUUUAUAUAUAGAAGUGGAUUGCAUGUUGGACAUAACAUUCAUUUAAUUUUUUAUUUUUAUAAGUCGACCAAAACAUUUUGUAAAUAGACUUCAUUAAAUUUAUAUUGAUAUUUAAAAUAUAUUCUAUAUUUGUUCAAAUGGUUUUUGAUCAAAAAACAAA